ACUGUAUCUCAACCCUCGGAAUGGGCCAAACCUUUGACAUGGCUUGAGAAAAUAUCUCUCAGGCAACCAAAAGUCGACAUUGAGGAGCCCCAAGAUGUGAUUGUGUGGAGGAGUCCACUGCAGCUGAUGUGGACUCUCGUGCGUUGGGGGGACUGGAGACAGAGAGGACUUGAUCCAUCUGCAAGUGAUCGAUGCACGUCCGUUGAUUCUUUCGUCACGACUGUUGUGGGCCUCGCAUGGGAAAACUGGAGACAGGAGCACUCAUCCACGUCGAUCUAUCAAGAAUGGCUUCUUCCUGUCGUUCGAGUCUCCUGGUGAGCUGUCAUAUCUGUGUGUCAAACACCGAGGGCAGGUGGCUUGAGACUGGAACAGUGGAGAACCUCGCAGUCGGCAAUUCUCAUGGCAAAAAGCCUCAUAAUUACCAGCAGACUCGAUACGAGACUGCAGCGUCUCGCCAGGGGGGCGCGAAUAUCACCUUUGGGAGGACCACUUCGUGUCAGAGACACGGACCACAACAUGGUCCCUCGUGUGAAAAUAAUCCCAAGGCUUAACCGAAAGGGAAUGAGUUUGAUGAAAUGGGAGAAGAGGGGGUCAGAUAAAGCUGCGUAACACCGGGGUAAUGUUGAUAACACUGGAGACAUGGCGCAACAGCUUCGAAUCAUCUCAAGUGGCUGGAUCCCUGUCGUCUUCAUGGGGACGCUGCAUCUCGAACACGCCCCUUGCAACUUGCACGUGAAAAUCAGUCGAGAUAUGCAGAUCAACGAGUCAAUGGGCGAAGUCAGAUAUCGUGGGAUUUUCAUUUUCUGGCAGUGAGUCAGCAAAGGCUGGAGGCCCAAACAUGUGACAUUCAACAGGCUUGUCCAUCCGAAGAUUUACCGCAUACGGUUUGGCUUGGCAAUCAUCCUCCCGCUGCACCACCACGACCAGUGACGCCCAAAGGGUCCAGCAGACUGCGAGUGUGACCGUGCAGUGUUGUAUCCGAGUUGAUGAGUGGCCGAGACAUUUUGCGACAAGCCACAUGCAACACCACUGUCGGCGGAAUCUAUCAUUAACCACAGGUGUGACUUGAGUACCUUAAUCGUGGUUUUCAGCCUAAAACCCUGAUGUCGGCGGAGGUCGCGACAGAGCCAGCCUCCGGUGCUGGGACUGCUGAGGGACCUUCUGCCAGAAAGGUUGUCUAUUGCGGAGUUUGCACCCUUCCACCCGAAGUACGGCCUACAUCUCCCAAGACACAAGUUCAAAUGAUGCGAACUGGCGGACAGCUAACUCAAGUUUGGACUCAUUUAGUACUGCGAAUUCGGCGGGACGGUCAAAAAGUGUGAAGAAUGGCUCCAGAAGAACCACCCUGACAUGCACCAGAAGUUAUACUCGGAAGAGGCCUUGAACGCUAAUCUAUCAGCUCUCUCCGUCGACGCUCAGAAAAGAGCAGAGAAAGAUGCUGCCAAAAAGACUGCCAAAGCUGCCGCGGCCGAACAGCGCGAGGCGGAACGGAAAGCCGAAGCCGUCGUCCUGAUAAAGCGUGUCGAACGAAACAAGCGGAAGUACGUCACUGUGGUUUCGGGCUUGGAGGAGCAUGGACUGGAUUUGAAAAAGGUAGCCAAAGAGCUGGGCAAAAAAUUCGCGACAGGAAGUAGUGUCACCAAGACGGCUGCGGGAGGGGAAGAGAUCACUGUGCAAGGUGAUGUGAGUGAUGAUCUGUACGACUGGUUGCUGGAGAAAUAUCCUGAGAUACCAGAGGAUAAUUUGGAUAUGAAGGAUGAUACAAAGAAGAAAGCUUGAGAAGCAAGGAUUGGACAACUAUGUCUGAGGCUAUGUGGUCGAAGGGCCGUGCUUUACAAGCCGGUAACAUGUGCUGAAAUUCAGGGAGAAAGAUUCUGACAUGCACAAAGACAAUGACCUGGAUGUGAAAGUCGAGAUGAAGGGAACGAUAUUCAGAUGAAAUUGUUCACUGAGACUCAGGCAAUAUCCAGCUUCUUGAGUAUUUGUUUCGACUUUUCCUCGGAACAAAGGACACUUGAAAACUCAUCGUGGUCACCCAAAACCAACUGGUCCGGCAUGCUUCACUUAGAACGUCGAUAGCAACUUAUCUCUGCCGCCGCUGAAAGCUGGGCUUCUCAUAGCAACGUCUCCUCAAUUCCCUCCCCCUUCGACAGUGCGGCGUGUUUCAAGAUCACAAAUCCCGUGGGUGUUGAACGGUCAA